GUCAAGGUGACCAAAAGAAACUCAAAGACACAAGAAGACCAGGUCAUCCGUCUGCUUCAGAAGGGAGAUUUCUUCGGCGAGCGAGCCUUGCAGGGCGAGGAUGUCCGGACGGCCAAUAUCAUCUCAGCUGAUCCUACUGGAGUGGACUGUCUUGUCAUUGACCGGGAAUGUAUGGAUGUAAUGUCUGUGAUUUGUCGUAAUCCCGACAAGAAAUCGACCAGCUCCGGCCCCCCCGGCCCAUCCACUGCCAUCAUUAUUACCUCACAUUUCGUCCUAACACCACCAGCAAAACGCCAGCACUUUGAGACAUUUACAGUACAAGUAAACAACGACCAGAGCCGAGCGUACGCGCUAAAGAUCUUGAAGAAGCACCACAUCGUGAAGACGAAGCAGCAAGAGCACAUCAUGAACGAGAAGAGAAUUAUGAUAGAGGCGCGCUCCGACUUCAUUGUCAGGUUAUACAAGACAUUCAAGGACCGAAAGUUCUUGUAUAUGAUGCUCGAGGCGUGUCUUGGAGGAGAACUCUGGACUGUGCUUCGGGAUAGUCCUCCAUUCGCUGGGCCUGACCCCAUGAAGACAUACAAUCUCAUCCUGAAAGGCAUUGACGCUGUUGACAUCCCGAGGAAGGUCACCAAAAACGCUGCUGGUCUGGUGAAAAAGCUCUGCAGGGAUAAUCCAAUGGAACGUCUUGGUUAUGGACGAGGAGGCAUUCGUGAGAUACAGAGGCACAUGUGGUUUGACAGCUUCAACUGGGACGGCCUUCGCAACCGCACUCUCAAACCUCCCAUUGUCCCUUCUGUGAAAACAGCGUUCGACACGUCCAACUUUGACGACUACCCUGAAGACGAUGAUGAGCCACCACCCGACGACUUGACGGGAUGGGACAAGGACUUCUGAUCAGACUGACAAACUAUAGCCCUCCGAUCUUCAAACCGCUGAUUAUUAUUAGUCAGAUAAGACUUUAAUAUGGAAACUUAUGUGAUACUGUGUGCCUGUGACCAGUUGAUCCUUUUGUGAUACUGAAAGGAUGUAUGUUGACGUUUGUCAGAAAGGUGGACAAAGGAACCCCUUUGCAAGUAUCUGAUGUAAAUUUCAACAUUUUUAUCUCUCAUGCUUGUAUUCUAGCAAAACAAAUGUCUCUUUAUAUUUUGCUUGUUAGUAAGUUAUAUGUGUAUGUCUUUGCCAUUACUAUAGGAUAUUAUGUUUGUCACUUUUUUUUUUCCAUCAUGAGUACCAAAACCUCAUUGCUCUUUCUGUUUUUAUUAUCAUUAUUUUUGUAUGAAACCUAGUCAUAGCAAAUUAUAGCAAUCACAUCAUAAAAGCUAUUAUACUCAGGAAAAUCUGAUGGUUGCUUUGGGUCAAUGCCCUUCGUGUUAAUGUUACAAUAAUACUUCAUUUUGAUGGUAAAGAGAAAAGGAACGAUCUUUUUGUAAAAGUGAAUAGAAGUGCUUUUUCUAAUAAAUUAGACAAUGCUUUACAUCUCGAUUACAAUACAUUUUAAAUCAUAUGUGCCGUCAUGAUUUUAAUCUCAUCUUACUUUCUCGUUUAGCCUCUCUUGGUCCAUGCUGGUUAAUGUUGUUAAAGCAAAACUGUCUGGAAAUAAAAACUGUAUUAAGAGCUGGCACUAAAAUCUAGUUCUCUACAAAACACUUCGAUCCCUCCAACCAACAUCUAUUAACAUUUUGAAUAAAUUACAGUUUACAGUAACUUGCUUCUGAAAAGUAAAUAGCAGGACUUGAUUUUAAUACUUCUUCCAGUAUGUACAUAGGAUUGAUGUUUUUUUCCUCAUUCCUUUCUGCCAUGCAUUGACUUUUGCAUACCAGUUGUCCACAUAUACAAUGGGCAUGUCUUAUGUAGCUGUUUCGCUCUGGUAUCUCUAAGGAUAUCCUGGUUCAUGGAUGCAAGAAAAAGAAAAUAAAUAAGUUUUCUGCAGGUGGGGUGGGGGUGUCUGUAUCCCUGUCUCUUCCCCUCCCCCCUCCCAAUCUCUUUAUCUCUUUCUCAUUGUGCUGACAGUUUUUUUAAAAAGCGUUGUAAUUUUUUACCUUGUCUCCAAUUUCACUUUCCGAGUUGAGAUUUUUCGUCUUUGUAAAAAGAGUUAUAAACUGAACCGUAAAAUAACCUUAAUACAUGUUUCGUGAUUUAAGUUGCUAAGGGACUUCAAGAAUUCUGUCAUGGUCAAAUGGCUUACCUUUGCAAAAGGUGGAAUCCAUGAGUGUGUGAUUUGCAUCAUACAAAGAGCUCUCUGUAUAGCUUUCAUCUACUAUUGUUAGAUCUCAUUUUGUUUUUUGUUUUCCAUUAGGCUAACCCAUGCAGGCAGCUUGCAUGAAGUAAGCGAAACUUGUCAUACUGUUGUAUUAUGACCAUAAAUGAUGUAGAUGAUUAUUUUGAUAUUUGACCUUAUACAAAGUAUUAUUGUGAUGUUGGAUGUCCAACAUUUCUAGAUUCCUCCACUUAAAUUGUUCACAUAUAUGAAAUACAAUGUUUGUAAAACAUCAGCCUGUCCUUUUUUUUUUUUUCAAAAGUUUUCCAUGACAGCUGCCCACUGUUAUAAUAAUGCUGUCAGGACAAAUCAAAUUUUUACAAGACAUAUAUUACCCUUGUUCGUGGAUAGCAAUGUCUAACAGUUCAGCAAAUAACAGACUUUCAAUCAUCUUGGUUGCAUAAUACUUGUCUGAUGAAAGCAGUCUUUGAUUGAAUGUUAAUUCGUACAUGUCUCUGUUGAUGGUAUUAUUCAACAACAGGAGAAGCAGAAUGAAGUCUGCCUUUCCUACUUAGACUGUGUCAGGAGUUGGAGUUGGAGCUGAAGGGGUAAACUUCCCCUCUCCUAUAGCGCAUGCAUGGAUUGUUUGAUAGUGUGGUGUGCACCUUCUACCAGUUAUCAGUGUUACAUUUGUCUUAAUCUGUUCCCAGAAAAAUGUGGCCUUUAUCGCACUGACUCUCAGCAAAUUUUGAGUCAGCUCAGCUUCUCCUUAGAAAUGAAGAAUAAGAGAUAAUUUUUUUCACUUCAGUUUAAAUACCUCCUUUUUUUUUACUGCGUCUCUUUAAAGUAUUAGUUACAAGAGCAGUAUGAUAUAACGUAUUGAAAUAGAAAUUGGCACUUUGCCUUGUUGUAUCCUUUUUGUUAUUUUUGCUCCCUAUAUUUUUAAUGAACGGUGAAGGGGGAACCUUUUCCUACUCAAUUUAUUUUUAAUGCCCACACAAAUAGAGCGCUAAUAUGUUUUGACAGAUGUUUACACACCCUGCCACUUAAAGGCUGAUAGAUACUUUAGAACCGCCUUUAGGUAAAUGAUAUGGUUUUUCUUUUGACAAAGUAUUUCUUUCUUCCUAAAAAGACCUGUGUGUUUGGAAGUCUUGACUAAUCUUGAUUUUAGUUCACAAAAUGAAAGUCAAGGAUGGUAUGAUAGUAAUAAUGUGUUAGUGGAUUUGAUUAUUCAGUAGGCCUAAUUCAAGUGUGGGUUUAUUAUAAUGAUUGCAUAAGUUAGUUUGUUAAAUGUUUUAUUGUCUGUAUAUGGAAAUCAGCAAACUGUCCAUUUCUGUAUUUAAGCCGAAACAAUUCGUCAGACGUUGCCUUAUGAUGACUCAUAUAAUAUAUGGAUAGCACACGUACAAUAUUUAUGUCUGUUUGUGCCUCUCUUUUAUCAUGAUAUGUUGUAAGUUGUGUGUAAGUGUGCACGUAUUAUUUGGAUGAAGUUAUGAGUCAGAUGAUAUUGACAGAGCAAGAUGUAUCAGACAAAAGACAUUAAAUAAAUCUGUCAUACUUCUUCUUAUUCUUCAAAUCAAUUCUAGUUCUCAACAAUGAACAUGGAAACAAAGUGCUCUACAAAAUAUUCUGUUGAUAUACAAAGUGUGAAAUAUUUUAUCGUUAAAAAAAUGAAGAAAUUGAUUCUUCUUUUUCUCAGAAACAAACAUUUUUUUUGCACUCAAGGAAUAUGAAAUUUCUUUUAUAAGUUAUAAAAUCCUUUUGAUUAACUCUGUCCAGCAGCAGAUGUUUAAAAUAUUUUUUUAUGGCUAACAUCAAAAUUUAUUUUCUUUGAAAAUGGAGAGGAAAAAGAUCGAUAAAAAGUUAUUGAAUUGUAAAGCAAGAACUCUGAGAAAGGUUUCCUAAUAUCAGUUUUAAUCCUUAACUCUUUAUCUCUGUCUAGCCGCUCCUAGCGGCUCGCGGCCGGUCAGAGGCACAUUCCUUUUACGACGACUUCAACAUCAAAUUACUUUUCGGCAAUUGCAGAAAACAGGUCUCUCGGGAUUUUUUUCAUUAGAUGAAGAACUAUCAAAAUAGGUUCUCUUGUUUUGUUGUAAUGACCAGUUUAAUAACAUUUUCGUCUUUUUUAGAUUAAGUACCAAAAAAGCCCCCCCCCUGAGAUAGAGAGUUAAAAGUAACGACUGAGCAUUAUUCAUUGUACUAGAAAUUGGCAGAUUGCUUUCAAGAUGAGUAGCAAUGUGGAUAUUACUGACAUAUUCCUUUUGCUUAUUCAGGACACAUAAGUGGUAUUUGUUAUUUGCUUUGAGACUUUUUGUUUUUGUUAAUUUGUUUUGUUCAUUUUAAGUCUUGAUGUUACUUUUGACUCUGCAUAUUUUAAAAGCUUGCAAAUCACAAGAUGAGAAGUCUAUACUUUGUGUACAAAUCAAAAGUUGAAGUGGAAUAUUGACAGUAUGAAAAUAAUAUAAUCCUGCUGUUUGUGGGAGUAUAAAAUCAUCAAAUACGAAGAAACGAACGGUAGUGUGAAAGUAUUCAAAAGAGGAGUACUGAUAAGUUAACUGCCAUGAAUCAACCUUUACAGUCUCAUAUGUAGGGCCUAUGGAUUAAUACAGGUUAAAAUUAUUUUGUGAAAAAUGUAAUGGAGCAUGUUAUAUUAAAACUUCUCGGACAAAUAUGUCAUAAAUUUUGCCAAGAAGCACUAAGCUAGAAUUUUUUUGUUUGUUUAUGUGAUACCUGGCCCAUACCCACAAUGAGCAAUAGGUCUAUCUGAACUCACUGGAUGCCUGUUAUUUCUGUUUGUGCAUGUUUAAAUAUGUAGCAGAGCAAGAAAUGAGUCCUUUAAACAUUUAUGAAAUCUAUAUCUGGCAAUAAUCAAUAUAGUGUCAGAAAUAUUGAUUUCGUAUAUUUUCCUUCUGAGGUAUGGUUUUUGGCAUUUAGAGAAAAGAAAAGGUUGAAAUGUCGCUUAUUUUGGAUAGGUUAUUAAAAUUUAGUAGUAAAGUGCCAUGCAUAAUUAAUUUGCAUUAGUGUUUUUCAACUAAAUUUGUCACCAAUUUCCUCCAUACUGUAUACUUCUCUAAUUUAUCAUUUUCAAAUUACUUUAAUUUUCUGAUACAGAGAAAUAAAUAUUUUUCACUACCCGACACUUUGUAAGACUCACAAACCAUGUCUUUUGUACUAUCAACUAUUUUCAUUGUCAAAAUCUCUCAGUCUUGUGAUGUUGCUAAAAAGUAGAAGACGUUUUAUAUGUGGGAGAAAAUGUGUGUAGACGUACGUAUGUAGACAGUUCAAUUGAUGAGGAUGAGUUAGACAGUGUGAGAGACAUUAAAGAUAAUAUGCAGACUGAAGAAUGACUGGCUCAAACCAGACAUGAAGUACAACUUGAAAAAUAAACCAAUGCUGACUGAA